AUGUGCACAGAGAUGGAGGUGCUUGUUGGCGUUAGUGGUGGGCGUGAGAUUCUGUAUCAGAUGCCCCUCCCCCGCUCGCCGCGCUCUCUAGCGCUCCUCUGCACAGGCCCAUCCCUCCUCCCAGGACGGUGGCUCUCCCGAGCGCUGCAGCUCCGGCGUACGCCGCCCGGAGGCGCUGUAGCGGGAGGCCGGCUCCCUGACCAAACUGCGAGGCCCCGCCUCUUCCGGCGCUCCCUGGGGCCGCUUUUCCCGGCAGUCCCCGCGAGGCUCCGGCUUUUGGGGUCACCUCACCGAGCCUUUGGACUUCACUGUUCCCUGUUGCAGGCCCAGGCUCGCACUCGCGGCCCUUUGCGGAAGCCAGCUACGAUGUUACAGUACUUUUUGAAAAAUGUUUGGACUCCACUGAAGCCCUACUAUACCAAGGUUUACCAGGAGGUCUGGGUAGGAGUGGCUGUGAUGGGGUACGUUGUUUACAAAAUCAGAAGUGCAGAUAAAAAAAGCAAAGCUUUGAAAGGUUCAGAUUCAGCUGCUUCUGCUCGUGAACAUCAUUAACUGUAUUUACCUUAGUAUUGUGCAUAAUGUGAAACAUCAGGCUGGCUGUAAAUUUGGGUGUUUGAUGAUAGAAGAAGGAAUGCGAGGAUUGCCCAUGUUAACUCUUAGGCUUUUGUUCAUACAGUGAAAUAAAGUCAUAUAUAUACAAGGAAGUUAUUGUGUUCCAAUUCAAUUAAAAUAUCAUCCCCUUUUUCUUUAUCUGGUUCUCACAACUUUGAUCUAUGUGUACAUUGCAGAUUCAGCAUUUGUUUUGUAAUGUAUCUGGUGGAUUACUUGUAAUUACCUCUAAAAUAAAAUGAUUAAAAUUUU